AUGAAGGAGGAAGAGGAGGACGGGCAGACGGCCCUAGUGUUGGACGACCCAUCCACGCCAGAGCCAGCAGAUUUCUGGCUCCACCCCUGCGACUGUGCCCCGUCCGAUUGGGGCCCGGAGUUGCCCGUGGAUCCGCAGAUGUUUGAGCACCUUCCGGCUGCCAGCGACAACAACUUCAUUCCGGUUCCCUACUCCAUCGUCACAGGGCAGCUGACAUGCCCGUCGCGGCAACUCUUGCAAGGUGGCUUGGGCAUCCACUUCCAAUCAGAGGAGCAGGUCCUUGAGCCCUCGGACUGCGAAGCCCGCUGUCGUGAAGAAGAGACGUGCGCAUUCUUCUGGCACGGCUCGCAGCACGGCGCGGCGACGUGCCGUCUCUUCAGCGGCUGCGACAACCUCGUGCGUGAGUUCAGCCUCGAAGGAGACCUCAAGGCUAUGCCGCGAGAAAGCAGCUGUUCUGUGGCGGAUGCUGCGAAGUGUUGGGCAACAUCCUUGCGAAGGAGUUUCCUUACUAUGGCAUUCGAUCCAACCAGCUCUUUACGCCCGGACACAGAGCAGGGCAAGAGUCUCAACUUGCCACCCCAGCCGUCGGAACCGACCGCAGAGGGCAUGGUGGCCUGGUUCAAAAGCGAGCACGCAGGCUCUGUGUGGCCCAGCUCGGUUGGAGGGUUCGAAGGACGGUCGCGACAAAACUCCGUCUACCGCAAGGUGGAGGCUGGCUGGGGUGCAGAUCGCCCGGUGACGUACCUGAGUGGGGACACAUCGUCGCGCUACCGCUUCGGGGACAUCUUGAAGCCGACCUACACACUUUGCUCCGUCACUCGAUAUACCAGCAAUGAUAACACGAACCGAAUCUUAGAAACCAAUGGUGCGAAUUGGUUACAUGGACAUUGUUGUGGGAAGCCAGGAUAUACUUAUCAUGACGGCUUUCUCACUGAUGAACACGCACCUUUGUCCAAAUCGCUUGACUGGCUGGUGAUGUGUUCGACCAACGGUGGCAAGCGAACUUACAGCAGCGCCAUGGGAAACACCACAGUCAACAUAGCGAAGAAGGAAGGCAAGAAAUUCAGCAAAGCCAUGCCCUUGAUGGUAAACGAGGAGGAGCACGGUUCAAAAUCAAACUACGGAGUCAUGGAGAUCAUCACCUGGGACAGGGCGCUCUCGGAGGAAGAGAUGCAAGUCAGCAUGGAGUACUUGAAGUGGAAGUUGCGAGCAGGAGCUGUCCUUGAAGUUUCGGAGCAUCUCGCCAGAGAGCCCGAGAACAACUUUGACUCCUUUGGAGUCCAAAAUAUGAACGACAUCGAGGAUCAAACUUUCGAUGUCAGCAUUGCCAACGGCUACUCAGCUCAGCUGUCGGGGUGGACCAACACUCGAGCUUAUGGACGUGGUUUUCUAAGGAACAAGGAUGGUAAGGCGACCGCAGUCGUGAAGGGCUUGACCCCAGCUGCCAUGUACGUUUACGAAUUGUUCCAGGUAGGAGAGAGAACCGACACUUCCUGGGUUGGCCAGUGCAAGAUAUCGGUGAACCAUGGCAGAGAAUCUCGUGCUCAUUCCGGCGACCUCGUUAUCCCCCGUUUCUCAGGCGUGGCGACAGCAAAUCCCCGAGGCGAGAUCGUCUUCGAGUUCGAGCGCAUCUCGUCGCACGUGUACAUCUCGGGCAUCUCCGUCGCAGCAGUUGGACCGUCCGGGGCCGUGUCCAAGCCCGCGGAUCCCCCACUGCAGGUGCAAGAGCAGGGGCUUCACGAAGUCAUGCCAAGAAAGUUUCUUUCGAGUUGUUGGGAUUCAAGGGUUACAGAGACAUCUAAGAGGUUUGCAGGAGAAUGA